AUGAAUUCUUCUAUAAAUAUUAGAUAUUACAAACCAGCUAUCGAUGGACAAACAUCAUGUACAAUAUCUGCUCAACAUGAUUCAAUUUAUGUUGCUGGACGUUACAAUAAAUAUUCUCGUACAUUAUCUCAAACUCCAUGGAUUAUUGAUGGUGUUCGUAAAGCUGAUGUAUCUGUUGAAGAAUUAAUUGCUCUUCCCAUAAGUAAACUUGUUACUUCUAAAAAUCAUGUUUUUAUUUCAUCGGGUCGUGAAGAUGUUGAUGUACGAACAUUAGGUCGUGGUCGACCAUUUGUGAUUGAAUUUCGACAACCAUCAAGAAUUUUAUAUCAACCUGAAGAAUUUCUUACUGUUCAACAGGAAAUUAAUAUGUUAACAAAAGAUAUUCGUGUACGAGAUUUACAACAAGUAACAAAAGAAGAAAGUAAUCAAAUAAAAGAAGGUGAAGAAGAAAAAACAAAAUGUUAUGAAGCAUUAUGUUAUACUGAUACACAAAUUGAUCAAAUUGAACUUGAUCAAAAAUUUGCAUCCAUAUCAAAUUCAUUAAUUAUUGAACAAAAAACUCCAAUUAGAGUUUUACAUCGACGAACAUUAAUGACACGUCAACGAUUAAUAUCUGCUCUUUCAGCAAUUGUUAUUGAUCCAUAUCAUUUUCGUUUACGUUUAACAACACAAGCUGGUGCUUAUGUUAAAGAAUUUGUUCAUGGUGAUUUUGGUCGAACAAAACCAAAUUUAACAAUAAUACUUAAUCGUUUUGUUGAUAUUCUUGAAUUAGAUGUUCUUGCAGUUAAUAUUGAUUUUCCACCAAUGUUAAACAAUGAUAAUAACGAAAAUGAAAACGAUAAUUUUUGUGAUACGAAUGGAAAAUAA